CCUUAUAAUGGAUUCUACGAAUAACAUGACGCAGCAAAACUUCAUAGUAGCAAAGAUGGACAGUUUAACAAAUCACGACGAUUUGGAUCAGAUUGAGAAACGACAAGAAAACAUAUACAUAUCAUUGGAAUCAGCAAGUAAUGACAUGAAUGCACUUAACGAGUUAUCGCAACAGAAAUAUGACGAUCUUGUAAAGAAAUUUGAAGCCAACACUAAAUGCUUUAAGGAGAUGAAAGGACCGGAAAGAACGUUGAAAUCAAAGGUAUCAACAUUGCAUCCUGAGGCUUUUGCGGAAGUAAAAAGGAGGUUUCCCGACAUGGAAGAGGAAACUCUUAAAUUGCAGGCGACUGAUGGGAUUCCAUCAACACCUGUUACUUCUGCUCCUACGAUCGACUAUAAUGUG